AUGGAAAAAGCUUGCGGGAAUGCGGCAUGCUCCAACACUUUCUCCAGCUCCAACAACAGGAAGAAAUUCUGCUCGGCUGCCUGCUACCCUUCAGUCAUCGCUACGGCAGCUGCCAAGCGUCUGGGCCGUGGCCAGAAAUCAGUCAUUCCAGCUCCUGCCGCUAGCCUACCAGCUGCCCCACCAAUCUACACUGAGUCUCCUUCCAGCUCUCCAGCUGCCAGAAGCCUCGACACAUCUUGGGCUCCAUCUCCGUCCGGCCACUCGACCCGUACUGCUACUACUCCUGGCCGCUCAUUGACGAAUGCCGCGACUUUCAUCCGCUGUCGGAGCACAGCCUGCUGCAACUACUUUUCUCGAACCUCACGUAGCCGCCAGUACUGUUCGCUCCCAUGCCGUCCAUCUAGUUCCUCCAGGCAAUCGGCAGCUGCGCCGGCUAUCUCACCAACUCGGACAGUCGCUUCGGCUCCUAGCACCACUCCGCUCUCACCUGCUCUUGCUCAGCUGGUGGCUGAUGAGACCUCGGAUAGAAACCUUGCUUUAGGGGCCAGCGUUGACUCCUGGUCCCCACCACCGGAACGUCGCCCGCCGGCAACGGUGACCGAGGGCCGUCAGCAUAGGAUGAGAAGCAGUAGCACACAUGGCGCCACCAACAACUCGCCUCAAGCCUCAUCAACCAUUGCUCCUACUCUGCUCUCGGUCUCACAAGCCGCCACUCCUGCUCUUCCAGCCAAUCACGACCUCAACGGCGAUGAGAGUGAACACUCUGACGUCCCACCAUCUCCAUUCAACCUCGCCCAUCUGCCGGCCGCUCCACCUCCGGUUAAUUUUAUUGGCGUGGAUGUGGCUUCGCCUACCAUCUCACUGGCAACCAACGCCGCGGCAGAUUCGUCUCUCAUGCGUGUUGCAUCCCAGCCCACGCAUACGUUAGAUGCUCCGGCAUCUCCGGCUUUUUCUGUUGAAGAUGACGACUCUGAGGAAGAAGGCGACGUCUCUCGCUCAACCCUCUUUUACAACGAAUGGGCCCCACUGAUUCUUGGCUGUUCUUCUAGGGAGGAGCUUGACACCGUUGCCGACAACUGCGCCUCUGCGUGGCACAGGCUCACCCUUAAGGCCGAUCCAUCUGCGCCUUCUCGCUCAGAUGCGCCAGUGUCCUUGCAGCGGCCUGAUGCCAGCCUCCAUCCAAGGAGGCGAAGCCAGAACAGACAGCAACAGCGCAUCCGGAGGAAGACCAAUGCCAAGCGGUGGGAGGCGGCCAGCAAACUACAGUCACUCUUCAAGCGAUACCCCAGGCGGGCCGUUCGCAAGGUCCUUGGCGAAUCAUCGGAAGGCUACUCGGGCACUCUCGACUCGGCCACCCAGUACCUAAGAGGGGCCUACGAACAGUGUCGCCCUGAUCCUAGCGCUAUAAUUGAAGCAAGGCGCACCUACGACAAUUGCCACUGGGCUCAUCCAUCUGAGGAGGAGUCUUCCUGCCUAGCCAGCCCACCUUCCAGACAAGAGAUAGCGUGGAAAUUGAAGAGAGCGUCGAACACCGCCCCAGGAGCCGAUGGAGUUGAGUAUAAGGAUAUUCUCCGCCUGGAUCCUGAUGGCCGACUACUUGAAGUUCUCUACAGCGCAGUGUGGCGACUGGGUGUCCCAUCAUCUUGGAAGUCAGCUCGCACCAUCCCGGUGUACAAAAAAGGGGCGACAGAUGACUACGGCAACUUCCGUCCAAUCUCUCUCCUCUCCACAUUGUACAAGCUCUUCUCCAGUUCCAUUGCAUCCAGGCUUACGACAGUGGCGGCUAACAACUCUUGGCUGUCGUUGGAGCAAAAAGGAUUUCUCCCGGGCGUGCACGGGAUACAGGAGCACACUAUGCUCCUUGAGUGUGCCAUCGAGGAGGCCAAACAGAAAAAGCGCAACCUUACGAUCUGCUGGCUUGAUUUGGCCAAUGCUUUUGGGUCCCUCCCUCACGAUUUUCUCUUCGAGCUAUUUCACAGCCUUCCUCUUCCAGUGGUACUCAGAGAAAUCCUUAUUGACAUUUACUCCGGCAAUGUAUUCCAGUUCGUCGUCGGAAAGGAUCUCGUCGCCAUCCACCCCACGUCUGGCGUUCGCCAGGGAGACGGCCUUAGCUCCAUAAUUUUUAACCUUGCAGCCGAGCCUCUCUUACGUUGCGCCAAGGGUCCACUAAACGACGGCUUCCUACUUUUCUGCUCCUACCUCAAAGCCACUGCAUAUGCGGACGACAUUUCAUUGGUCGGCUCUUGCCCUGCCGACCUCCAACCAACUCUGGAUGCCAUGCUGGUGGUCGCGGCUGCUCUUGGCCUCCGUUUCAACGCGGGGAAGUGCUGCUCUCUCAUCAUCUGCAAAGGAAAGGCCAAUCCUGCUGCAAGCCUGCACAUUCGUGGAGUGGCGGUUCGAUCUCUUGACGAGGGAGAGCAUGAGGACUAUCUUGGCGUCCCUAUGGGCACUCGCUUGACAUUCCGCCCGGCUUCUUCUCUGCCUGGCAAGCUCACCUUGGUUGCCGACUCCGACCUGGCCCCCUGGCAAAAGUUGGAGGUUUUCCGCGCCCACCUGCUGCCCUCGCUGUCUCACCAUGUCGCUACCGGCCGCGUCCAGCGAGGCUUCCUUGACGAGAUCGACUCGCGUUGCGCUGAAUUUCUCCGCCACAUUGCCAAUGUACCUCACACUGCUCACUCGGCUUUUCUCUUUGCUGACAGGCGGGCGGGUGGACUCGGAGCUUCCCAGCUCAAGAUGGAUGCGGACGUCUGGAUCAUCGCGCGAGCCGCCCAGCUACUGGACAGUCAGGACCCGGUCGUCCGCCUUUCUGCCCGCUCCCAACUGGAACAGCACAUCUCGAAGGGUCUUGGGAGCUCAUGCGUUACACCUCUCCCCUUCUCGGACUACCUAUCUGGCUCUACACGGGGGGGUCUUUACGACGCCCGUUUCUACAGGUGCGGCCCUAACACCUGGUCGAGGACUAGGAAGGCGGCCCGAAGACUGAAUGUCAGGAUCGACGUAUCCGGCGACGAAUCGUCCACUAAAGUGGUUGCCGACGACGUCUCCUGCUCCUCAGCCAAAGCCGUCCGGGGCCUCCGCUCGGCCAUUCGGGCCCGCUGGACUGCCUCACUUGCCAGUGCGCCACAUCAGGGAAGAGUCGCCCAGGGCCUCCUGCUGGAUUCGUCCAACGAUAUGGCGAGACUCACCUCCAGCCGCACUUCUCUCUCCUUCGAUGAGUGGAAGCUCAUACACCAGAGCCGGCUUGGCAUCCUCCCUCUUCUGGGCGCCCCUGGUAUUGCUCCACCCGACCGUAGAUGCCGUCGCUGCAAGGUGGACAUUGAGACUACUGCUCACGUCACCAGCCACUGUCGCGUCAACUUACCUUCCAUCGGACGACGUCACGACGUAGUGCUGGAAGAAAUUGUAAGCAUCAUCCGGAAGGCGGGGCACACGGUCCGGGUCAAUCAGGUAUUCCGCGACACAUCCCUCCGACCAGACAUUGUCGUCCUCUCCACCACGCCGCCUACCAUAAUCGACUUAACCAUACCCUUCGACGCCCCUGAAUCCCUUGCAGCUGGCUACGACCGCAAAGUUGAGAAAUAUAGUCAACUCGGGCCAACCCUUCCAUUCGUGAUUGGGGCUCUUGGCUCGUGGCUUCCGUCCAACAACUCCAUCGCCAGUGCCCUGGGCAUCCGUCCAGGUGCCUGGACUGCCCUACGUCGCAAGUGUCGCCUCCUGGCUAUCCGAGGGUCCAUCAAAAUCAUCUCUGAUCACAUCCGCCGUAAUGAUCGACCUGCCCCCACCGACUCUACACCAUAA